ACUGUGCAUGUGGACUGCCAUCAGCGCUGUUAUGGCAAUGCGACGCCAACUGUACGAUGAAAAAUGAAACCCUGCAAUGACGACAAUGCAUGACAAGAAAUGCUUCACGUGAUAAGCGCAGUUCUGUUUAGAGAGAACCGUUGAAUCUACUGGAUGCAAGCCGUGCGGACGGACGAGCAAGCCAUCAUAACUCGGGCUCUCCAAAAUCUGUAUAGCGCCUGGAUGCAGCAGAUAGAAUAGUAAGAUAACAAAAGCCCUACGGAAAUAACACUGGAUGGCUGCACAAUAAACGUACACCGCACCCGAUGAUUUCAUCUUGGUGUGUGAAAAAACAUCGUGCCAGUACCGUGAAUUAAAAGGGACAGUUGAUGCGGGGUGCAACCAUUGUGGAGUUAGACUGCACCGAAGCGAAAUGAAAAUAUAGGAGAGCAGGCGAUGGGAAAUUAAAGAGCAGUAUUGGCUUUGUUAUCUAAACUGAACUCAUAGGGACCUGUCCUGUUUGACAAGGCAUUGUCGCCAUUUCAGGGACGUGGCAUCACCUUUACUCCUUGCGUUGAUGCUCACACGUUGUUUGAUCCACGUUGUUGUCGACCCAAUUGCAGGAAUGGGCAACAUUGCAUCGGGAAUAAUGGAGUGAUGGCUGCGUGGAUUAAUCAGCCCUGCAUCAUGGCUUUGCGCUUCGAACUUGCCAGGUACGAGUAGGAGCAACAGCGGCAGGCGGAGGCUGGCAUCCUGCACUACCGUUGCCAUGGAUACCGGGCUCUAUUUCAGGCCGGCCGUCUUCAUUUGCGUGAGGGAACUUCAGAGCUGGACCCACGAUGUGUCACCGAGCCCUCCUCUGCGACGAGGUAUCGUGACUGGUACUUCCCGUCAAGCAUCAGGUUUCUCAGACUCGCCCUAAAAAGGUCCCUGUUUUAUUUGCUUGUCUUUACUUGACAAGGGAAAGAAAAAAAUUCUACCAAACUCGGGAUUUAUUGAAACUGAGUGAUCAGUGUAUAUAAAUCAGUGCUUUACCACUCUUAAUGCACGCCGUAGGACCUCGGUUGUACUCAAUAAAAAUGAUAAAUUAAUAACGGUGAACUUGCGGUAAACAUCAGCACAGGCCGGACUAAUUUUCCCUUGUUUCGAUCUGGUAAAGUUGCCAGUACAUCCCACAAAUCACAUGACGCUCUGCACUGAGAAUCACCAUGGCUUACAGGGAGAUUGCGGAGUAGUGUCGUAAAUUUCAUCUACGAGGGGGGCGGGACGAUUACUCAAGUGUCCACUAUGUUUAACAUGGGCGCAGUGAAGGCCUUUGAUGUCUUUCUGGACGACGAGUUGGAGGUUUAUCAUAUCGGCGAGUCUAUGAAGGGACGAGUGGUGGUAUCGCUGACCAAGGACCUGGCGAUGAAAGGAAUCCGAGUGUCUCUGAAAGGCGAGAUACGGACGCAGUGGCGAGAGAAGAUCAGAUCAGCCACGGGGCAAAAGCGUGCAGGGACCUGCCUACGAGGCGGUGAGCAGUACUUGUUCGACCGGGCCACUGUCUGGGGUAAAGAACUGGAUUCCGAUGAUGAUUCCGAAAUUCCUCUGUUGCAAGCCGGUUCACACUCUUUCCCGUUUCAAUUCCAACUGCCGACUCAGCCCAACCUUGCCUGCUCCUUUGAGUGCGACCGCAUAGCGUGCAUCAGGUACUUCGUCCAGGCCAACAUGGACAUCUCCUGGGCUGUGGACCCGGUAGCAGAGCGCUACUUUUCUUUUAUCGGAUCCCCCAUCAACUGUAACCUGCCCAAGUUUCUGAAAAUUGUUCACGCUACCGACCGCAAGACCAUCCGAUGUUGCUGUUUGUCUAGCGGCCCCAUUGCUCUGAAGGCCGAAAUGCAACGAAGUGCCUACUGUCCCGGAGAAUUUGUCAACAUCCGCACGCGGCUGGACAACAACUCAGCGAACACGAUGAAGCUAGGAGUGAGAUUUGUACAGAAUAUCAGCUUGGUGGCCGAUAAUCCCAAGCGAAGAAACAAAACGGGGUCAUACGAGAUUCUAUGCUACACAAGCCCAGCUGUACUGCCCGAACAGGAAUAUGUCCUAGAGACGGCCCGAAUGCUACAAAUCCCCAUCGUGCCCUACACUAUCUCAUCGAGGCUGAUUCAAGUUGCGUACCUGAUUGAGGUGUUUCUCCUGGUAGACGAAAAGCAAGCGUUGGAGGUCUUCUUCCCGAUAACAAUUGGAAACGUGCCUUACAAAGAUGGCUCCAAUAGACCCAAGCAGGUCAGCUAUGGUCAUGCUUGUCCACAGUCGUGUGGGUCCAACACAGGUUACAUGCAGUACAAUGAUGGAGACCGGGUUAUGCAAGUCAAACAGUUCACGCCGUUGUAUCUGACCGCCUGUGCUGUCGUGGUCCAGGACAACGCUACGAGUAACGGUGCCGUACCGGGACACCAUUCGUCAUCCUCCGGGCAAGGCAAUGGCUACCUACCGGGAAGACGGGCCAAUGGACUGGCCAGGAACCCCCUUGACUCGCCCCCUAGCGAUCAAAGUUUGUUGCACUCCCGCUCCAAUCUGUCUUUGCACAGCGGCGUGGGCGGUGGUGUACACCAGCAGCUCCAGUUGGACGACCCUUCAGUGAUUGCCAGUAAAUCCAGCGGCAGCAUCACCAAGUACAUCACCACCAGCACCAACAACGUUCCGCUGAGCCGGAAACCCUCCAGCUCGGACAUGAGCCCGAUCUACCAGAUCUCGGGCCAGGACAGGGCGUCGCUGGUCGGCACUGACCUGCACUCCGAUGCCAACUGCACGGCCAGCGAGGGCACGACAGAGGAGGACCAAGAACUGGCCGAGGUUAUGGCCCGACACCAGAUUGACUACUAUGCAGUAAAGCACGGCGAAGGAGGCCGGGUCUACGCCUGUCACUAUGUAUGACACACAAUACGGCUGGCGUAGUAACUCUGUACAUGUACUUACAGGUUGAACUUCAGUUCGACUUUUCUUUUUGCUCGAUUCCUCAACUAUUUUGAUACAACAAUAUGAGGAGCUUUUUGAGAGGCUGCACCUUUCUCUUUUCAAAUUUUGAUACAAAGAUUUUUUGAAGGUCGGGGUAUUUCUAACCCUGGGA